AUGAGACUGGCCUCCCAACGAGCUCGCACCUUGAACGACCAGUAUUUUGAUAUUGUAAAAGUAUGCGCUGAGAGCCAGUUGGACGACCCCAACGCCAAGUUUGCUGCUGUUGCGGCCGUGGACAAAUUUAUCAAGGAUGGGACGGUGGUAAAGGAUGUGGAUGGCAUUGACUUGUUGGAGUGGGCGACAUUAGAUCUGAUUCCAGAAGAUGCAUUUUCAGAGACGAUUGGGCCACUAAGGACAAGCAGUCAAUCGCCCCCGGAGAAGAAAAAGUUGUAUGGAAUGCUCGCACAAAAGCAAAUAGAGCGUGCAGCUCAACUUGCUGAACAGGCGCAUGCAUCUGAGUCGGAAGAAGCGCCCGCGCGAGGCAUUAAAACUGAGGAGGAGAUUCUGCUGUUGUAUGAUAUUGUUGAAACGCACGGAAUGCCGGACGACGUGAAGAAGCUCAUAGAAAGCCCCUUGUUUUCUCCCAUUGCCCAAUUCCGACUUGGCAGAAAGGAGCUGUUUCAGCGAACGGCAGCAAAUUACCGCAAGCAACAAGAUUGGGAGGCACUAUGCAAUCUUUGCGAAUCAUGCUUGUCACACACAAACGAGAAUGGGGAGCUGUCGCUAUUGGCCUGUGACUGGCUGGUGUGGAAGAACUUUAUUGAAGGCGCAUCUUAUCUUAAGAGCGUCAACACAGAGCUGGCGCGGUCCAGUGGUCUGAAACCUAUUUACAAGCGAAAUGUACUUUUGGCUCGUGUUUCCGCCGCUUUCACGCUAAAAACGAAUGAUAACGACGACGUCAAAGAUGACCAACCCCUUUCACUACGAUUGAGGGAGUUACUCAACUAUAUUCAGGAUCAAAAGUCAAGCGCUGCGUGCUUUGACGAUAUCAAGGAGUUUUUAGAACAGCUGGAUAUCUCGGGCCUGAAGCACGUCGCGUACAUUUACAUCGCUCAGUUGGCACAGUCUGUUGACGACCCCAUAAAGCGCGCCAGGGUUAGUCUGCUCUCUCUGAAGAUACAGUACUUCCUGUCAACUUGUCCAAUUGGACGAGUGCCAAUCGCCGGGGCGAGACCCAGUUCAAAAUGCUUGGUAUGCAAUGCCAAGUUUGAAUCGGAGUCGUGUCCGGCCUGCUUGACAAAGAUAUCUGAGGAGGCGUUGGCCGCAUAUAGGUCCGCAAGCAAAGACUUCGGCGAGAAUCCCGUUAUCCAGAACGAAAUUCUGCCCGAACUCUCCGUGGCCGUUGCAUUUUGCAAUGUCAAAUUGGCCUUUCGUAGUCGACCUGGGUACAUUCACUCAUCUCCACCUGCUUCUCAAUAUCUCUUGCGGGCUCUGUUUAUUCUCGAGCACCAAGCUUUCCUCACGCCUAAACACAGCCAGAUUUCCCUUCUACUAGUGCAGCUACAUCUUCUCUUGGGGUCGGCACACAGGUCCCGCGAAGCCUGGCAUGGUCUGUCUGUAAAGAGAACCAUUGUGGACUCGCUUGCGCCCAUAUUUUAUGAUCGCUUAUCGACUGUAUCGCCAAUCAUUUUGGACUCGUCUGAUAGCUGGGGCUGGGAACUUGUUGAGACCCUGAGGUCUCAUUAUGCUAAUUCGCUAAAGCUGAAGAUGCCAAGGCGUUUAAUUGAUGCGUUUGAAGAAGCUAGCUACGGCAGCAUCAUUGACAUGCCCAAGUACGUUGAGAACUUGAGAUCCGGAUGCACGAGGGCCAUGAGUCUUGUUGAGGAGGUUCGAGCAGACAGACUGCUUGGCGAACCCUGCGGCGAGUUUUUGAACGACGCUCGGUUUUCACUCCUGGCCGAAGCCUUCCAGGAUAUUCUGUCAUACCGGCCUCCAACAGUCUACAAGGCCACUGCAGCGGUAAUGGGCAUCGACAACACAUUCGUCAUUGAAAUGAUGUGCCGAAUUGGCAAUUCCAUGUCGAAAUUCGUGCACAAGGCGUCUGGCCAUUGCACCUCGAGCGAGAUGCUUUACUACGAAGCUGUUAAUGUGCUGGCCACAUUGGUUCCGCUGUGCGUGGGCAUUGAUAAGUCAACACCGCUUCCAGACAUCUACAGCCAAAUCACCGAGGCUGUCAAAACGGCAAUAACAACCCAGCUCGACGAGCUGCCCAAGCUUGACGGUACCGUCGCACACACUGUAUCGGCGCUGCGGUCGUUCCACGAGGUAACAAUGCUUCGCGACACCGCCAUGGCUGCCAAGUUAGCUGCGCAAUGGAUUUUGUCGUUUAACGAGCGAGAAAAGGAACGCGAUCGAUCAGGGAGCAGCAAUUUGCCGAAGGAUGUAGUAUCGCAAGUCAAAGGUCUACAAGCUGCUGCUGAGGCAGGCUUGAAAGAGGGCAAGUCGCUGAUUGCUAAAUUGAAGGAGGAGGUGGGCACUGGAAACGAAUUUAUUAGAAAGUUACGGCCUUGGGUAUUCGAAGAUAAUGGCAGGGAAUUGAGUGAUUUGGUGGAGGAUGGCACCUUGAAGGAAGUGGUUGAGAGCUGGAGACAAAACCUUGCCGGUUGGGGUCAGGUAAAAUGGGCAUAG